CCGCUUCCGCCUUCAUCAGUGCACUUCUGGUGAAACAUGGAGGAGAAGGUCCAUUUAGAUCUGGAGGAUUUCUCCUCAGAGCCGUUUGUGGAGAGUUUCAUUAAAGAAAUACAGAAUCAAGAGGCUGUUUUUCUCAUCGGGAUAUUAGUGGCUUUAGCGGUUGUGAUUCUCACUAUCGUGUUGUUUGGUCAUCUGUGGGGCUCCAGUAAAGUGAGGAAUGUCGUGCUGUUGUUGGGACUCUGUGACUCCGGGAAAACUCUGCUCUUCACUCGGUUAUUAUUAGGGAAGUUUGUAAAAACACAGACGUCCAUCACAGACAACAGCGCAACAUACAAAAGCAAGAGUGACAGAGGCAGCAGCUGGACACUUAUUGAUGUUCCCGGUCAUGAAAGGUUAAGAGUUCAGAUUGUGGAGAAAUACAAGACUGUGACACGAGCUGUUGUGUUUGUGGUGGACAGCAGCAUCUUUCAGAAGGACGUCAGAGAUGUGGCCGAGUUCCUCUAUUUCAUCCUCACAGACGCUCUUCUGGCCAAAAAUAAUCCAACACUUCUGAUUGCCUGCAACAAACAAGAUAUCAAGAUGGCAAAAUCAGCUAAGUUAAUUCAGCAGCAGUUGGAGAAGGAACUGAACACUCUGCGUCUGACGCGCUCCGCUGCGCUCUCCGCUCAGGACGGGGCUGUGACAGGAUCCGUGUAUCUGGGGAAGAAGGGUAAAGACUUCGACUUCUCUCAGUUGCCCAAUCGUGUGGAGUUUAUUGAGUGCAGCGCUCGAGGAUGCGAAGAUGGAGAUGCAGAUAUUGAUGCUCUAGAGAAAUAUCUAGCCAAACUCUGAGGAACUGGAAUUUAAUUAAUCCGCCUCAUCACAUGAAACCGAUUGGUCGUCAUUUCUUUUUCUCCUUAUAAAAAUAUAUGCAAGAUACGGUAUAUUGUCCAUUCAACCGUAACUAUAUUUUCUUGCAUAGUAUUAUCACUUAAUUCUGAAUGUCAAGAUUAACUUUCUCAGGUCAACAAUUUCCCCAUUUCAUUCAUGUUGUUUGUUUUGCUACAGGCAAGUGAUGCUGUUAUUGAUAUUAAAGGUAAAGUGGCUGAUGAAUCAUUGUCUGGGUCAUUAAAAGCAA